AUGAAAUCGCCUUCAAGCUUCAAGCUUCUUCAGCUUUUGAUCUUCGGAAGUGGAACCGAAGCAACAAGGAUUCGUCUCUGGAACGCAUGUCCAUUCCCCGUUUGGCCUGCGUGGUUACCAAACUCCGGUCAUCCGCAGCUGGGAAAGGGAGGAUCAAAGCUAGACUCAUGGCAACUCUUUGACGUUUAUGCUUCGACGGGAUGGUCAGGCAAGUUCUGGGGGCGCCCCAAUUGUCAGUUUGACACAGUUCUAGGCACAGGCUGCUGCGAAACAGGAGAUUGCUCAAAUGCAAUCGGAUGCAACAGCACUUAUUCGCCCCCGGCUACCACAGUCGAGUUCAAGCUCCAUCGCGAUUUCAUCGACGAGUACAGCGUCUCUCUGGUCGAAGGCUACAACUUGGCGGUGAAAGUUUCAAGCAGCAAUCCGGUUUGCCUCAGUGGUGGCUGCAGCUGCGACUUGAAUUCGCGGUGUCCUUCGGAGCUGCUGGUUUGGAAUUCGAGGGGAACUCCAGUUGCUUGCAACAGUCCUUUCUUAGCGUUUGGCGCUGAUGAGUUUUGCUGCGAGGAUGAGUUCUUGGGACCGGAUAAAUGCCAUACAAAUCAGUUCAGUUUGCUGUUCAAGGAGUGUUGUCCUCGGGCAAAGACUUACCCGUUUGAUGAUACUAAUGUUCCGCUGUUUUGCACUGCAGGGUCUGAUUAUCUCAUCACCUUCUGUGCCUCUUGGUAGAAGGUUAAUGUAAAGCUGCUUUAAGACUUAAAUGUUUUUAUUUAAAU